AUGGAGGAAAUAACCGUCGCGGAACAGACCGCGUCUUCUCCACACACGGAACAGGGCGUCUUCGUUCUGCAUACACUCUCCAACUCGGCCCGGCCAAACGGUCGGGUCCGGGUGACGCGCGCGUGCGAUAGAUGCAAGAAGAGAAAAGUGCGAUGUAACGGCCAACGGCCGUGUAAUGUCUGCGCGGAAGUGAGGGCAAGCUGCUCCUUCAACGCCACGCACAACAGGGGGAGGAAGCCCAAUGUCCGAGUCUCUCGGCCCAGUCACCCACCGCAAAUAGGACCAAGCUCGGCAACAAGGAAAGCGCCGUCAGACAAUCUGAGUAGCCAAACGGCUUUGCAAGACCUGCAACAGCCAGUGCCGGGGGAUGACUCGCUGAUUACUACCGAGUCUGCUUCUAGCACGUCACCUGAACCAAUCCAGACAGAUCUUCAAGGCUAUUAUGUGGGUUCUUCGUCUGGCAUCUCAUUUCUCUCCAGGAUCCAAAAGCGCUUUGGUGAGACAGUCUCGUUCCCCCACGGCCUCUCCGUUUUCAACUUUGGAGACGCCGCAUUACCUGGUACUGAAGCCUAUCACAGCUCGGCCGGCAUUGCACAGCGUUCACUUGACCCAGCAUUGUUCUUCCUGCUUGAUCGACCAAUCACGGAUAAACUGGUACAAAGGUAUUUCGACUUUGCAGUCCCUGUGGACCGAUUCUUACAUCGACCGACUAUUGAGCGACGACUCGACGAGUUCUAUGAGACGAAAGGCGCAAUGUACGAUAAGGAUACCGCGCCUGCCGAGAAAUCUGUCCUCUUCAUGGUUUUUGCAAUGGCUCAGGAGCACAUGGUAACCAAGUUAUCCCAGUCAGGUGUCGAUACCAGUGUGCGAUACUUCCAAGCCGCUGAACACCAACUCUCCAUGGAGCUGGGUGCCGUACGGCUCGCGAGCGUUCAAGCGCGUCUCUGCCAAUGCCUCUGGCUCCUCUCACAGUCACGAAUUAACCAUUGCUGGAGCCUCUUCGGUACUGUCGCUCGCCUAGCUCUCGCUCUCGGUCUCCAUCGCAGCCCAAACGCUAGAUCCGACUCCAUGUCGCGAGUUGAGAUCGAGUGCCGCCGGAGAACCUUUUGGAGUGCGUAUAGUCUCGACAACUACCUCAGUGCAGCUCUCGGGAGACCUCGAACCUUUCACGACAGGGAUAUUGAUCAGAAACUCCCAUCAUGUGUUGAUGACGACGGCAUUGACUAUGUGAACGAACCAAUAUCCCCUCCUUCGAAACCGUUACUAACUUUCUCAUCCGCACCGACUGCUUAUGCUAAGCUAUCGCGUAUAAUUGGCGGAGUGUUGGUUGAUGUUUACUCGAUUGAACCAAUGACAGUAACCCAACGACUCACCCAUAGAGCCAAAUAUAUGCAAGAGCUCAAGGAUUGGAGAUCGCAAAUGUCGAGCUUCCUUGACCAAGAUCCCGCAAUCGCUGCCCAAUUGAUCUUGAUCUAUCAGCGACAGCGCAACGUGCUCAAUCUUGCCUACUGGCACACAGUUGUCUUGACGAAUCGUCCAUUACUACUCAGCAAUUUUGCAAGACUUACCAGUAGUAGACGGCAAGUUGAGGACGAGCGAAAAGCACAGCUCGACGAAAGCGCGACUGAUUGUCUCAACGCCGCGAUGAAUAUCGUGGGCAUAGUGGACAUGCUCGUUCAAUCGAAACAGUUGUUUCGUGCUUUCUGGUUCACCCCUUACUUUGCCUUUUCAGCUUGUGUCAUUCUCUACGUCUACACAAUCCAGCGCAGCAGAGAACAGCAAGUCGUGUAUCAAGCAUAUUUUGAAGCCGCUGAGCGUUGCCAGCAACAGAUUGCAGAUGUUGCCGGAGAAGGAACUUUGACUUUUCGAUAUUGCCUUGUCUUGGAAGAGCUUCGUGUGGAGGUCUUAGCGCAGAGAGGACUCGCCCAGGGUCUCAAUCAACUCCAAUCGUCGGCAGAUGCGAGAAAUCAUGUUAAUAUAUCUCGCGCUCCUGACGCUGAGACAAUGCCAGAGGCUGGGUUAAAUAUGGAUGUGCCUGGUCUUUCAGGAAUGAGUUCUUUGGACGAGUGGCAUGUCAGCCCAUCCGACUCUCUGGAAGAUGUCACAGGCUGGGGCCAGUUCGAUGCUAUGGUAAGCUUGUGUUCGAGUUGCGAAAUGAUGUUGAUCGUUAACAUGGUGAGGAACAGGUUGUAUCCGGCUUCAAUGGUGAAUAUCAGUUCAUGA